UGCUACGAUGGCUCAGCCUUAAAGAUGCGCUUCUCCGCAAUUCCCCCACACUUUCGAUCGUCAACUGUCAUCUACAUACAAUCUCAGUUAGACGACUUGACGUCAAAGAAAUCACGAGAAUGUCGAAACAAACAUCAGUCAGCCUCCCUCAUCACUUCCCCAAGACCACCCCUAUCAAAUCCUUGGGCCGUGAAUUUGGAAUCCUCUUCGGUUUCCUGGGGGCGUGUCUAGUUACCAUGGCUCUCUAUGCGGUUGUUUGGCAGGCCAUCCAACGCCGCGACACACACAAAGAAAGAAUCCGUCGCAAAGAACUCCGCGCCCGCGGGUAUCCCUACAACCACCGCCCCUUGCAGGAUGGGAGCGAGUUACCGGGGAAAAUGCUGGAUCGGGAUCCUAUCUUUUCGGGGAGGGCGGAGCUGCCGCCUGAGGGACAGAUAGCAGAGUUGGGGGGUGGUGAUAGUAACGGUGGGAUGGAUGAGUCUAGGAGGGUUCAGGAGAGGAGGACUUGAUUAGUUUUCUUUCUUUCUUUCUUUUGUUUGGUUUUGGGUGCUUUUGGGCUGAGUAUGAUGAAUUUAUAGGGAUGGCAGUUCUACUCUCAACUGACGGUGGCAUUUUGGCAUAGGUUUCUUUGGAUGAUGGAGAUGAUCAAUAAUAAUAGCAUCGAAUUUGCUAGGGUAUUUCGCUUGCCU